AUACAGAACGGAAAUUCAAUUUGAUCAUACGAAAAGCGCGGGUUUUUAAAAUGGAUCUUACGAAAAAAUGUGGCAAUCUGUUCGUCUUGAACCAACGAGAAUCCUUUCUCCUUGUAACCAGUAGUAAUCCUGGCAACUACAGCAUCUCAGUCACUACCGGUACCACAGCAAUCGCACCAAUACACGUACCCUGCAUUCUCYUCAUAUUUCUCUGAAGUAGUAUUAGCGAAACAUAUUGUCGCAACAAAGUACUGUACCGUAUCCAAGAUGAAGUUUAGUAGCAUCGUAAGCAACCUAAUCCUUCUUGCAUCCGCAAGAUUCGCCGUCGCCGAUGACGAGAUGGAGGAAACAGUCUAUCAACCUCUGUUGGAAGCACCUGUCSUGCUUUGGAGCACCACGCUCAAACCCGAUGUCACYCUCGGUUCGAUCGAUAUCGAAGCCGGCAACGGAGUUUUCAUGGCACCCGAUGGCAAGCACGCAAUCGUGACAACUGUAGGUGCCAAUGUAUAUGCUAUGAAUGCCUACAGUGGUGAAGAAGUCUGGGUUUACCAUCCCGAAGCAGUCGGCUCAAGCAUCGCUCGUUCCCACAGCGGUGUCACUUUUGCCCCCACCGGAGACUACAUGGUCUACGCCGUUGUCGACAACGAAAAUAGCUURAGCCCCACGUCGUAAGUUACUCUAUUGACAACCGAUGCUGRUUCGAUAUCAUCGCCUCUUCUCGACACUUCUCUCACUCGAUAUCUUGGUUGUCAUUUCUGACGCCUGCUUCUUCUGAAUUCCCUUCAUGUUAUCCCUUCGCGACUCUCAGCCGUGUURUUGCACUUGGCAUGGACGGAUCAGAACUUUGGGUUUCCGAAGACUUGGAAGGUGUUGCUGCUGGAUGUCCUCAAAUCUCAAGCGAUGGUUCCUUUGUUUUCUUGACCCACAACGCYGAUGGUUUGACGAACGGAUACUUCACCAUUCUCGAUGGAACAACCGGGACCUUCUUCUACGGAGGUUCUAGUGGAGAAGCAGGAGACUCUCCGACCAAACGUUACGGACCACUUGGRAUCUUCCACGAACCCGAGGAAGGAAACUACGAUCCCAUCACCUCCGGUUCCCCAGUCAGCGAAGGUGAAUUCAACACCAACGACAUGAUCAUGUGGUCUCAAUCUCCCAAACCAGAAGAUACAACCAUUGAGGAUGGAUACCUCUAUGGAUUUCAAUUCCCCCGUGACUUUGCCGGAAAUUCUUCUGCUAUUUCCUACUUCCAAAUUGGAAGUUUCAUUCGUGAUUUCCAGUCCAUCACUCCUCCUGUCAUGACCAACAAUGGAAUGUCCGCGUACUGGGGUGUUUCUCGCUCCGGAUUCCGUGGCUGGACACCAAARCGAUUCAGCAGAGCCAGAGAUGUUUCUGUUGGUUUCACUAGAAACGAAGAUUUCCCAGGACAACCCGUUUGGGCACCUCCUACCUUGAGUGAUGACGGGCUAGAGCCCUUCCUCUUCGGAGGUAGUGCUGCAAGGGAGUUCGUCAAAAUGAGCUGGGAUUUCAGAGAAAGAAUUGUCGUCCCUACCGGAGGGUACGUCAAGACGAAGGCAAUCAUUGAUGGUGAUUCACGUGUUGUGUACUACAUGGAAAGUGACAAUGGUAUUUUGCACUCAGCAGACUUCGAUGACGUCGAUGACAUUUGGACAGUUCCCUUUAACUUUACCGUUGAUGGAGAGAUGGCUCUCACUCCCCGCUCGGAUGUCUUGAUCGCUGCUGACUCGAAGGGUGCCAUUACUGCCUUGCAGGUCGCCGAUAUUCCUGUUACGGACGCUCCGAGUCAAUUGCCUUCGGAUGGCCCCUCGUUGGCACCUACGAUGCGACCUACCAUUUCUGCGGCGCCUUCUGUAUACGUCGCAGUGCCCACCGAAGUCCCUACCGCUGCUCCUCUCGCACCAGACACAGAGGCUCCUGUCACUGUCCAACUMCCUUCGGCCACGGCGGCUCCUGUCGCUACUCCUGUCGUUGCUCCCACGAGUUCAAGUGCCACGCUAUCUUGUUUUAUUGCCUCGGCCGCAGUCAUUGUAGCAGCCAUGUUGGUGUAAAUCUCCGUAUUGUGGGGGAUGAAUAGGGCAGCCAGCAAUGACAUACGGAUCGAUGAAAAUGAGCAUGAUGCAAUCAAGCCGAAUCAAUCGUGGAUCCGGUCUUCUUUUGGUCAUUUGUGGGUCGAACCUCAACCCGCGCGGUGUUGCUUUGUUGUUUAGAUAUUAUCGCCACAAGUCUACGUGAGUGAACAAAAUAUCUCUGCCAAAUAUCGACCUAGGUAGUAACGAKGAUGUACAACGUACAUAAUUGUUCUAUUAAAGUAUGUGUUUCGAA